UCGUAUUUGAGCAGUAUAUAUCUUAAAGCGCUCUCUUGAUAUUUCUUAUAAGCUGAUCUGGUAGUGGAAGCUACCUAGUAGCGAUAACUGUAGCUGUAGGGAUCCCAACGCAAUAAUACAGCAUGGUAAAAAUUGGUUUACCUUGGUUGUUACUAGUUCUAAUGAAACUCACUAACCGAGAAAUCAAAUCCGAUGAGAUUAUAUCCUUUCAAGAAGUUUAUGAUAUAUGUCAAGUAGAACCUAAUGCUGACAUAUGUGACAUAUUGGAAAAAUCUCCGAGUUUAAUUAACAUUAAUAAAAUAGAUUCACCAGAAAAACGCAGACAAAAAACAGUAUUCUCGAGCUGGGGCGGAAAAAGACAAAGUACUUAUCCAUAUGGUGGAAAACGUCCAGCAUUUUCUAGUUGGGGAGGCAAACGAGCUUCGGAUAAGCAUGGUCGACCAAAACAAACAUUUUCUAGUUGGGGUGGCAAAAGAAGUGAAAUUGAUGGUUAUGAUAAUGGAGAAAUACUUGAACACCAAAUGGAAAAAAGAGAACUAAAUGGCAUCAAACAAGAAGAUAAAAUCAAUUAUAGAAAUAAAAUGACUAAAGGAAUACAUGCACUGUUUACUAUUUUUUCAGACUGGUCAAGAGAUCCAGAAGAAAAGAAGGGCAUUCGCUACGCAAGCCUUAAAAGUAUUAGAAGAAGUUCCGAUUUUUUUCCAUGGGGUGGAAAACGAACUAGCGGAAAUUCCGAAUAAAUAUAUUUUUCUUUAUAGUUGAUGAUAGGCGCAUUACGGUUUGUUAUAUUUUAUUGUAAGAAAAAAAUUAACAAAAACAAAUUGGUUCAAUCGUAAUCUUACUUAAGUGACUAUAAGCAUACUUAGGUAGUAUUAAAUUGGUAGAAAUAUAUGUACCUAAUAUCAAAAUAUAUAUAUAUGUGAUUAGAUGACGGAAUGUAGUAACACAGAAUACUGUUUUACGUUAAGUCAAAAUUUUGAUUUAUAUAUUGU